UUGUGUUUUUUCCCAGGCAGUACAAGCUAAGUAAGAGAAUCAGUGGGAAACAUCAGGGACAUUGACUAUACUUCAGUUCCAACUGCAGCAAAAUACACAGCGUGUAUAAUUCUCAGGAGGAAGUUCCGCAAAAUGACACAUAAGUAUGUCAGAGUCUGUAGUCAGACACUAAAGUACCUUUAUGGACAGUCUCAGUAUUCAGCUUCAUCAUGGCUGGACACCUGUUGUUUGUCUUCCUCAUGUAUUCCUUUCACAAGAUUCAAGUUCACGCUCUUCAUCCACCUAAACUGAAAGUGAAUUCACUGGUGAUCACAGAGACAGACUCAGUCACAUUGAGCUGUGAGGCUCCAUCAUCUGUUUCUGUGUCUCAGUGUCAUUUCUACACUGUUAGCGGAGGAACUGUCAGAGUCCUUCCUUGUAUGAAGACACUGACAGGAACUGAACUGCUGUUAAUGUCACAUCAGAGUUCACCUGCUGAGGUUGAAGUGAAAUGUUAUUACACUGUAAAGAUUGGGGAUUUAAAUUCUCCAUCUCCACACAGUGACAUAUCCUCCAUCACCAUACACAGUCAAAAACCACAGAUGAGUCUUCAGCAUUUUGAGGGUGAACACGUUCUCUUUACUUGCUCUCUGCCUGGAUCUGCUUAUAAUGAUACGAGAUGUAACCUGUACUUUGGAGAAGAAAGUGAUCCAGGUGUAACAACAACCAUCUGGAAGAAAAGAAGCUCAACCAAUCAGUGGUUCUGCCAGUUUACCGUCAAAAUUGAUGAUUUGCUGAGACGUCUAAGUUUAAAUCAACAGAGUGAUGCCAGCUGUGAUUACAGUUUGGGAAAUGAAUCCAGCUCUUUGUCUCCUCGUAGUGAUCGAGGCAACUUAACCUACAUUGUGGAAAAAGAAUCAAACUCGGGUCUCACACGAUCAGCAGUUAUUGUGACCACAGGUCUGACUGUUAGCCGGCCUCAUGCUUCCACUCCUGUAACUCCUGCAACACAAACAUCACCUAACAGAAUUAUAGGUCUGACUGUUAGCCGGCCUCAUGCUUCCACUCUUGUAACUCCUGCAACACAAACAUCACCUAACAGAAGUACCGGUCUGACUGUUGGACCAAGUAACACUGAUAGUUUUAUCUCUUCUUCCCUAAUACCAGUGAAACCAGCAUCAGUCACAACUCUCAUGAAUCUGGCAUCAGGCAAUAUUACAGCUCUGACACUAAAUACCGCUAGCACUAAAGCUAGCUUGUUCCCUGAGACGUCACUAAUCCUAGCAUCAGAAACAUGGAUUCGGAAGUCGGUAAUAGUUGUGGCUGGUUUUGGAGUAACUGUGGGUGUUAUCUUACUGGGACUGGCACUUUUCUGUACCAAAAGAAGAACUGAAGGAUGUUCUUACAAGAGGACACAAACCAAUGUCACAGAUGACUUUAUGUACAUGAUAAAUCUUGACUAUGAGGGAUUGUUCUCUGCAGAUAUUGAUAAAGCCUUUGAUGUGAUCACCUCAUUACCUGGUGUUGAAUGUCCUACUGGUUCUGACAAACUAGACAGGCGAGAGCCUCAAACUGAGGACUCUGACAUAUACCAUGUGUACUGCACUAUCCCUGACGACCAACCUCCAUCAGCCCCGAAUGACAUGGUGUACAGCACAGUGCAGACUCACUGAAAAUGUUUUAUACCUAAAAGGAAUGUAGAUAUCUUGUUUAACAUUUGCAUCAAAUAACUAUUUGCAUAUUCUAACUACGUCAUUCAAUAGCCACAGUACUCUAUAUUAGGUGUUGAAGUGAAACAAUUAUAGUAAACAUAUCUACAAACUGUUUGUCCUCAACACAAAUGUUCAUACAUUUAUUUGCAAAAUAUUCUCUGUAAAUGUUUUUUCUAAAAUAUUUGUUCCUGGCAACCUAACACACUCUGGUUAAAUGCCUCCACCAACCAGUCAAGUUGCAGUUUACAUCCAUGUCUGUCCAGACUCAUAGAAUCAUGUGGUGAUCACUUAAAGAAUUAUAUAUAUAUGAUUAUAUAUACAUAUAUAUAUGUUUAAUUGUAUAUAUGUGUAGAAAAUUACAAAGUUUAUUGUUUCAGCUAAAUUAAAGGUAUCACUUUACUGGUGGUGUGAAUGAUUUCAGUGAAUAUACAUGUUUGAACUGAUGAAGGAUUAUUAUAGAUUUAUUGGCUAAACAGGUACACAUGCAAUUGAUCACAUGUAAUUGAUUAAAAAUGGAGUAUAGAUAUACAGAA